UUGAGGCCUAUAAGGGGUCUUGGACCGGCCUGCUCAUAGCAAUACUCUUAUACUACAUGUACGUUAAAAAAUUUCAUUAUUAGCAUUAUGUGUAUAUGGCUAUUUGUUUUGAAUUAUGGUUGAAUGUUUAACAACCGUUGUACAUAUAAAUAUAAGCUUUCACUGUCUACUACCUACCUAGUACCCACCACUUGCAUUUUUCCAGAGUUAAUAUUUCCUUUUCUUUUUGAAUUCACACAACAAUUAAAGAUCUGUUGCUGUGUUGACUUUAAUUAAUAGCAUCAUUAACAACAUUCAUACAAACAUAAAUCCACAACACAUACACCACUGCAUUAACAAGGCAUUAUGAUCACUUGAAGCAGAGAAAAUAAAUGGUUCAUAUCAUCAUAAGCUAGAAAGAUUAAUCAUAUAAUUAUGGAGUUUCUUUCUUUCCUGGUUACCUUUGUUGUUUUGAGAGUUUUUUCUCAAUUUACAACAACUUUAGCUGUGGUUGAUACCCUUAGACCAUCCGAAAUCAUGAGAGAUAAUUACAACACAGCUUUAUUGGUAUCCAAAGAAGGAAUGUUUGGAUUGGGAUUCUUUACUCCAACAGCUAGUUCAUCAAAGAAUCGUUACUUGAGAAUUUGGUACAACAACAUUACAGGUAACCAAACUGUUGUUUGGGUUGCAAACCGAUGUGAACUGAUCAAGGAUUCAACUGGCUCGUUGAGUAUAAACGACAAAAGAAAUCUUGUGCUUUUUUCUGGACAGAGUAAUAACAGAGUGCUUGUUUGGUCUACAAACUCUUCGAAACAAGCUCAGGAACCACUAGUUCAGCUCUUGAAUAAUGGUAACUUAGUUUUGAGAGAUGAAAAAGAUGCAAACACAACAAAAUAUUUAUGGGAAAGCUUUGAUUAUCCUACUGAUACAAUGUUACCAGGAAUAAAAUUGGGAUGGGACUUGAGGAGAGGUCUAAAUAGGCGAUUAUCGUCGUGGAAGAGCUCUGAUGAUCCUUGUCAUGGAGAUUACACUUAUGGGAUUGAGCUUGGUGAACCAAACAAUACAUUUCCUCAACUAAUUAUUCGUAAUGAUUCUUCGAUUUUGUAUCGCGAAGGGCCAUGGAGAGGUGUAAGUUUCAGUGGACCAGCUAAUUUUGUAAAAGUUGCUUGGCAAAUGUCUGAUUACAUAUUUGUCGAAAAUGAUGAUGAAAUUUACUUCACUUACAAUACUCAAAUUAAGUCAUUGAUCUCAAGAAUUUUUCUUAGCCAAGCAAUUGAUUACAUGAAACGGACAGAAGCACAAGAAGUUUGGGAAUCUUAUUACAAAAUUCCACUUGACCAAUGUGACAAUUAUGGAACAUGUAAAGCUAAUGCUAAAUGUAUCAUGGUAGAUAACAAACCAGUAUGUCAAUGUUUAGAAGGUUAUGAACCAAAAAACGAAAGAAUUUGUUUGAAGGAUGUGUGAGGAACAGUGUUGUGAAUUGUCAAGAUCCAGAGAAAGAUGUGUUCAAUUUAACUUCCGAGUUGAAAGUAUCCGAAACUAAAUAUGCUUGGGCUAAUAAAAGUAUGAACCUUGGUGAAUGCAAUGCUAAAUGCUUAAGUAACUGCUCUUGUACUGCUUAUGGUUACAAUUCCAAUUUGGAUGGUAAUAAUUAUGAUUUAGGUAUUGGCACUGUAGAAUGUGAACUUAUCUAUGCAAUCUAACAGGACUCAAUCAUAGAUAGAAAUCACAAGACUUGCAACAGUUAAGCAAGCCUAGAGGAAGAGAUGUUAUUUAUAGAAGAGCAGAGUUGUUACAGAGAAGAAAAGUAAAACAGAAAACAGCCAAAGAAACAAGUGGCAUAAUAGUUUGUUACAACAGUAAAACAGCUGUAUUAACUAAUUGACUAACGAACUCUGACUAUUGCUAAUAGGCACUGAGUGUGUCCUCUUGUUUGGAGAUUUGUUCGAUACUCGAAAUAACAAGGAUAUUUAUGGAAGAGAACAAAAUGUGUAUCUUCGAAUACCAUUUUUGACAUCAGGUACAUACUAGUGUAGAUUUAAAAUGUUGCAUUUUAUUUGUGGGGUUUAUAUUACACUUAACAGCUACCAAGUCUUAAUUUUGUCUUAGGAUUUCGGGAUCGAAUUGAGUAAAUUAUGGAUUUCUAUUUCCCUUUAUUUUGCUUUUCUCAGAUCUUAAAGGAACAAAUAAUGUGUCCAAGGUAAAGAUAGCAGUGAUAAUUGUAGCUGUCAUUGUCUUCAUUGGAUUAGUUUUGAUUGGCUAUUACAUUUGCAGGAGGAGAUACAUUAACGGUAACAGACUCAACACUUUACUUCAUUUUUGUUAUUAACGGUAACUGAGCGUUAAGAGUGGUUUUUUUUUUUUUUUUGAGAAAAUUCAAUGUUAUUAUAAAUUAGAAGUCAUUUACAACAACAGAGAAUAUAGGAUAGGGAAUUUCUCCUAUCCAACAAAUGUCAUCAUCCAACCCUAAAGAGAAUUUAGCAAAACCAUGUGCUUCUUGAUUGGCAGAGCGUUUUACAUGGGUAACUAAAACCUGAGGAAAAAAGGACAAAAGACAACGAACAUCCAUAAUAAGAUCAGAAAAACAAGAUAAAUCCUUAGAAGCAAAUG